CGGUCUCGAUCGACCCGUCUGCCCUGCCUCGCGCCUGCCGCGAGCAUUAUUGGCGCGUCGAUCCAGCCAGCCCACGUUUGUUUCUGUUUGGCAAUCCCGGGCGGCAUUGCUCCCCUGAUGGUGAUGGCCUCCUCCCAGGCGCUUGCUCUGUGGGUGGUGAUCACGCUCACGCAUCUCCUCUCCCUUGGCGGCGGCUUCGUGAGCUGCGCCAAGCCGUGCUUCUGGCCGAGCUCGGCGACGCACGACGACGCCGGCUGCCUCAGCUGGCGCGUCAUGGUGGAGGCCAACAACGCGAGGGGCUGGCGCACGGUACCGGCGCCGUGCGUCGGGUACGUCAAGACCUACAUGACCCGGGGCCAGUACGGCAGGGACCUUGACAGCGUCAUGGAGCAGGUGUCCGCGUACGUCGACCAGAUCGCCGCCGCCGCCGACGGCCUCGACGCCUGGAUCUUCGACAUCGACGACACCUGCCUCUCCAACCUGCUCUACUACCAAGCCAAGCGCUUCGGGGCGUACGAUCCCAUGGCCUUCAAGAAGUGGGCUAGCCAAGGAGGCUGCCCGGGGAUACCUCCGGUCCUCGGGUUGUUCGAGGCGUUGCAGGACAAGGGAUUCAAGGUCUUCCUUCUCUCCGGGAGGGACGAGGAGACCCUGGGCUCCUGCACGUCCCAGAAUCUGGAGUCAGAGGGGUUCUCAGGGUACGAGAGGCUCAUGAUGAGAACUCCCGAGUACCGAGGGCAGAGCUCGUCACUGUUCAAGUCGGCGAUGAGGAAGCAGCUGGUGGACGAGGGCUACAGGAUCCGCGGCAACGUCGGGGAUCAGUGGAGCGACCUUCAGGGCGAUAACGUCGGCGACCGCGUGUUCAAGAUACCCAACCCCAUGUACUUCGUCCCGUGAAAACACAAUUCGUUGCAAACACCGUGUUCGGCGUGCUGGCUGGCCUAUCUGAUCGACUAAUUCGUUGGCCGUAUAAACAACGGCUGAUAUGUGGCAAAAUAAGCAUAAACCACAUUUUCCUGUCAUUAUUUUUCGAGACAUUCGCUAGUUUGGUUAUAAACGAGAAUGGACAGAUCUUCA